UCAUUCUCAUUUUGAAACGCGAGCGCGUCGGUUGGUUUCCUAUAGAUAAGUGGCUACGGCGCGAGGUUUUUAAGAUGUAUUUAAAUAUAUAUGUAUAUAUAUAUUUAUAAUUAACGAAACAAAAACAACGAAAUAUGUGAAAUAAAAGCAGAGCAACAACAACGUGAUGAUUUUCAUAAUUCGCCUAUUUAUUAGUUAACUCGCACUAAUUGCGACAGAAAAAAGUGUUAUUUAUAUAAGUGAAGAGUUGUGUAUAAAAUAUUAAAUUUUUUGAUUAAAAUUGUCUUCAAUUCUCCAGCUACAAAAUCUAAUUGUAUUGUAGCAAAAAUAUUCAAAAAUUAAAAUAUUAUUCGUACAUAUUUCAUACAACGAAAAAAUGCGUGCCUCUAAGUGAUGUUCUGCAUAAGUAAAGAUUUUGAGGUUAGGUUUGGCGCGCUGUGAAAAUGAGAGUGUUACUUUAUGUUUUACUGUCUUUUGUGUUCUUCGCACAAACUGCGCAGUUUACAAAGGAUUUUCAAGUUGUGAAAGUCGGUGUGAUAUUUUUCCACGAUGAAAUGGAGUUGGUGCAAGCUUUCGACACGGCCAUACGUAAUAUCAAUGAACUUGAACUGGAUGUACGCUUGGAGCCAAUAAAACAUUAUGUGAGCUACGAUGAUAGUCUGACAUUGCAAGAAUUUGCCUGCGAGUUGAUCGAACGUGGUGUCGCCGCUAUUUUUGGUCCAAGUGCAAAGGCGAGUAGUGAUAUCGUGGAGGUCAUUUGUAAUACCACUGGCAUACCACAUUUACAGUUCGAUUGGCAUCAAGAGGACGUCCACAUUCAUAGUCGUAAUCACAAGUUAACAGUUAAUGUGGCACCUGCAGAGAAUAUGUUGGCUACAGCAUUUUUGGAUAUUUUACGCUUAAAGGAAUUGGAUUGGAAGUCCUUUACGAUUGUUUACGAAAAUAGUCGAAGCUUGGGUCGCAUGGAACAUUUAUUCGGUUGGCGGCAAGUUCAUAAAACUGGCAUCAAAUUGUGGCGUUUUAAUCGUGGCGACGAUUACCGUACACUCUGGAAACUCGUGUGUAGUACCCGUGAGAAAAAUAUUAUAUUGGAUUGCCCCGCCGAUAUAAUUACCGAAGUGCUAAAUGCAUCGAUUUACUUUAAUAUGACAGGACAAUUUAAUCAAUGGUUUCUUACGAGUUUAGACACACAUACGAGCAAUAUACACAGUUUAGAUCGUCAUAAUUUUAUGGCAACUAUAGUAGCUGUGCGCGUACGUUCCUAUAUGCCACCGCCGGUUCAUGAUGAGACGGAUGUUUUCGAGGACGAAGAAGAAGAUCCGAUCAAAACUAUUCGCGCCAAAUUGCUUUACGAUGCAGUAGUUUUAUAUUUCAAUGCCAUACGAAAUCAAAUACGAAGCUCACGUUAUCAAGAGCCCAGAGUACGUUGUCAACGUGGCUAUUGGCGUUCAGGAAUGGACAUUUUAGAUCAGAUGAAGCUUCUUACUUCACGCAACGUAACACCACCCUAUAAAACACAGAAAAUGCAGAUAAAUACUUAUGGCACACGUGAUGAAUUUAAUUUGGAAAUUUACAAUCCAUUGUUUGAACGUAUCACAUAUAUUUGGAAUAAAAAUAAGAAUUUGACUGCUUUCGAAGAUUUGGUCGAGGCAAAGGAAAUUAAAAAGCAAAAAUUCAAGGAAAAUGAAGAUUUUACACCAAAACGUGUGAAAUACACAGUGUCGACUCGUUUCGGCGAGCCUUAUUUUAUGUGGCGCAAAGAGCCCGAGGGUGUUCAUUAUGAGGGCAAUGAACGUUUUGAAGGUUAUGCCGUAGAUCUAAUUUAUGCUUUGGCCGAGGAAUGCAAUUUUGAUGUCAUAUUUCAACCGGUGCCCGAUAAUAAAUACGGUAGUUACGAUAAGGAGAAGGACGAAUGGAAUGGUAUUAUACGACAACUCAUGGAUAAUAAUGCGCAAAUCGGCAUUUGUGACUUAACAAUUACACAGGCCCGCCGUACUGUGGUCGAUUUUACAGUGCCUUUCAUGCAGCUCGGCGUUAGUAUAUUGUUUUAUGAAGAGCCACCGCCGCCUAAAAAUCUUUUUGGUUUCCUCUCACCAUUUUCAUUGACUGUCUGGAUCUAUCUGUUGGUUGCUAUAAUGGUAACAGCAUUAGUGCUGGUGGUUAUGGGACGUUUUUCACAUCGCGAUUGGAUUGGUGCAAUUGCGCAUGAUCCCAAUCCUACGGAAGUGGAGAAUAUUUGGAAUUUAAAGAAUUCGCUUUGGCUGAAUGUUGGUUCAAUUUUAAAUCAGGGUUGCGAUUUGCUACCGCGCGGUUCUGCUAUGCGUAUAUUUACAGCUUUUUGGUGGAUCUUCUCACUUCUACUCUCGCAGACGUAUAUCGCUCAAUUGGCUGCCUUCAUUACUACCUCUAAAAUGGAUAGUUCCAUUUCAAGUUUGCACGAUCUCAUCAAUCAGAAUAAGGUACAAUUUGGUAUGCUUAAAGGUGGCAGCACACAAUUUCUGUUUUCUGAAUCGAAUGAGUCUGAAUAUCGUGUUGCUUGGAAUAAAAUGAUCGGUAUGAAACCGGAUGCUUUUACUGCAAGUAAUAAAGAAGGUGUAGAUCGUGUUAAACGUAGUCCUGGUCGCUAUGCAUAUCUGUUGGAGACUACAGCGCUGCAAUAUUAUUUGAAUCGGAAUUGUGAGUUAAAGCAGAUUGGUGAACCCUUCAAUGAGAAACACUACGCCAUUGCAGUACCGUUGAAUGCACCUUUCCGUUCGAACCUCAGUGUGGGCAUAUUAAAGCUUAGUGAGAAAGGUGAGCUGUAUAAAAUAAAGAACAAAUGGUUUACUACAAACGAAACGGAUUGCAAUGCGGAAAAGGCUGCUAAUGCUAAUGAAGAUGGCACAUAUACGAUGGAAUCGGUCGGUGGUUUGUUUAUAGUAUUACUGGCUGGUAUUUUGGUCUCCAUAAUAAUUGGCAUUUUCGAAUUUCUGUGGAACGUGGAACAGAUUACUGUGCACGAUAAUGUACCAGCAAUGGUUGUAUUAAAGGCGGAACUGAAGUUUUUUCUACGUUUCUGGCAGACACGCAAACCCUUGCGUACUUAUGCGGAAAGUCGUGGUUCAACUUCGACGGGGUACUCAUCUUUUGAUCAAACCGCAAGCACUUCGACUGUGAAAAAGAAGAAGAAAAAGAAAUGUAAGAAAUGUAGCGAUUAACUACGUUUAAUAAUGGGUUUUCAAAGGGGGUUGUCCAUAUUUAGCUGGAUAUAAAAUGAAUUGUAAUAUAAUAAAUUUGUAUGUAUAUUA